AUGCCUCUUAAGACUCUUGCGCUUGCGACUGUCAUGGCUCUAGGACAUUCAUUCAUCCCGCUAGUCGACAGUAGCAGCUUGCCUGCGCAGGCUCAAGUGAUCGACCAAAGAGCUUUCAAUGUCUUGAAUGCGACUCAGCCACCCAUUGAUUUUAGUGCGAAAAGUCUUUUUGUUCCGCCAGGACACACUGAAGAAAGUCUGACGAAGCGCCCAUUCCACGUGUACGACGAUGAGUUCUUGAAGAUUAUCGGAGGCGCUCCAACACUCACGCGGAUUGCGCACUCACCCAAAGACCCUCUAUUUCACGAGGCGGUUGUAUGGUCAAAAGAAACAGAAGAAGUCUUUUUCGUCCAGAACGCAGGCGCCAAAAACGCCAGCACUGGUCUCAAGAAGUCGGCCAUCAUAGAAAAAAUCUCUCUAGUAGAGGCAGCUGCUGUUGCCAACAAGUCGGAUGCCGUAGGCCUGGUGAAAGUUACUACGAUCCCGUCAUCGCCUAUGGUGAUCAAUCCGAAUGGGGCAACAAACUAUCGGGGCCAGAUCGUCUUCACUGGGGAAGGCCAAGGCAAUGAAAGGCCUCCGUCUUUGUGGCUCAUGAACCCACGCAAGCCAUACAAUACCACCGUCCUGCUGAACAAUUACUUCGGUCGUCAAUUUAAUUCCUUGAACGACGUAGUCAUUCACCCGAAGAAUAAAGACAUCUAUUUCACCGACACUAUUUAUGGAUAUGUGCAAGAUUUCCGCCCUGCUCCAGGGCUGCAGGACCAAGUCUAUCGAUUCAAUCCUGAGACCGGUGCCGUCACGAUCGUGGCGGAUGGGUUUGAUCACCCUAAUGGAUUGACCUUUUCACCGGAUGGUGACUACGCAUAUGUUACCGAUACCGGGAUCGACAAUGGCUUUUUUGGUCUGAACUUUACUCGGCCCGCUUCGAUCUAUCGCUUUGACGUGAAAGCCGAUGGAACGUUCGAGAACCGCAAGACUUUCGCAUUUGUGAACUCUGGUGCACCAGACGGUAUUCAUUGUGACUCUUGGGGCAAUAUUUACGCUGGGUGUGGCGACGGCAUUCAAGUCUGGAACCCAUCAGGCAAGCUCAUUGGUAAAAUCUACGUUGGUUCCACCUCGGCGAACUUCAACUUCGCUGGGAAGGGCCGAAUGGUCAUUUGUGCUGAAACAGACCUCUACUAUGCGACUUUGGCUGCCGCAGGAAAUUAUGUUGAGAGUGAGAUGUGA